GGUGGCAUCGCCAAGAUGACAGUCGUUAACACCUUCGUGUUCAUUGCACAGGUACUGCUGCUUCUGCCGCCGCACUGGGCCGGUGACGCCGUCAAAAGCUGUCCGGCGGCGAUUCAUCGAGCUGAGCGCAUCAUCACGGCUGAUAACAAGGAAACAGCGACUCAUACAGACCGAAAUUUUCUUCGGUGGACCUUCAACGAAAACCUGGAAUUCUCAAGAUUCACAUCGCCAUCGACAUCGGCUACCUCAGCGCCAGCGCUGCCAAGUAAAAAAGACCACCCCCGAUCUUCACUCCACUGUGGGCACGGUGGCAUCGCCAAGAUGACAGUCGUUAACACCUUCGUGUUCAUUGCACAGGUAGGAAGACGCUAUCCUUUCUGUUACCGUAGCAACAACCUUUGUCUUUUUUUGCUGCCGUGCCCACGGACCUGUUUUGCCUUGUUGUGUGAAAUGCGUGCACGAUUUGCUGAUUUGCUCAUGCUGUGCGGAGAUAUAGAGACCAAUCCCGGUCCUGACAGGGCAGCGAUGAUGGAAAUGUUAACUAAUAUCUCGGUCGACAUUAAGGAAAUUAAGCUGAGCCAGGCAGCGACAACAUCGAGACUAGAGAAAAUAGAAUCGCGCCUCGAAGGCCUUGAAGAACUCAGGUCCGUUGUGAACAAAAACUGCGACAAGACCAACCGCCUCGAAGCCACCAUCACAUCACUCUCGAACAAAAUUGAUGAUUUAGAGAACCGUAGCAGAAGAAACAAUCUAAUUAUUUUUGGUCUUUCUGAACUACCUAACGAAGAGAGUAGCACCCUUGAGGAUAGAGUAACUAAAGAGAUUCUUGGUGGAAAACUAAAUGUAAAGAUUAAUGGAAUCGAUCGUAUACAUCGCCUUGGGAGGCCAGCUCAUGGCAAAACCCGUCCAGUAAUAUUUCGACUCGUAAACUUUAAAGAUAAAUUGAAUAUUUUACGCAACUGCAAUAAAUUGAAAAAUGAACGACUCUCGAUUAGUGAAGACUACUCAAAGCGAAUUCAGGGCAUUAGAAAAAAAUUACUUGAUAGCUUGAAAUCAAAUAAACUUGCUGGUGAUAAGGUCACGCUUACCUAUGACAAAAUUAAGAUAAAUGGCACAAUAUACAUUUGGAAUGAGGCCAUAAACGAUAAGGUUCCCAUAUCUGAGGAAACCCGGAAUCCCAGUACGUGA